UGCAACCGUGCAGAAAGCAAAUCAGUUUGUCAAGUCAAAAUCAGUAAAUAGAGAAUUCAUUGUUUACAAUUUUUCCGUUUCCCUUUCAAUCUUUUUUAUUUAAGUAUGCCGAUCCUAGCAGAAUUAGCGGGUGACGAAAGUGCAGGCGAAAGUUCGCGGACAUUCGUGUUUGAGGACGAGGGUCACACGUUGGGAAACGUGCUCAAGAGCAUCAUUUGCAAAUAUCCCGAUGUAAACUUCUGUGGCUAUACAGUUCCCCAUCCAGCUGAGAACAAAAUGCAUUUUCGCAUUCAGGCUGCCAGGCAUGUGCGCGCAAUCGACGUACUAAAACGUGGAUUGGAAGAUUUGGAACGUGUUUGUGAUCACACCAUUGAUACGUUUGAGGCUGCAAUUAACGCUCAUCAAAAUUAUAGCUAACCAUCGGUAAUACCUAUAACAAUAUAAGAAUCCAAUUUAGAUCCAUUUAUGAAUUGACCAGGAAAAAAAUCCUACUAUAGUUGUUUUCUUCAAUCAUCCUUUGAGUCACCGAAAAUAAAUAUAUUAGAAUGUCAGAAUCAA